UCUAAAGUGAGCUGACUGGAUGAACGACAGAAUAAUAUUCUCCAGGACUCCAUCAUGUCUCUACAGCGCGAUGAUUCACUGAGCUAUGAUGAUGCCUUACCCAGUGAAAUGCCACCUGAUUCAGGUCAAUUCAAUUUUCCUAUGUGUAAAAAUUCCAUGAUGUUGAUCGGUGGCAUCGGCCUGUUCCUUGUUAUUCUGGCAGUGGGUGUGGCAUGCUUUUUGAGAAGAAAGAAGAAAAAACAAUUUCGUGGUGUUGUUACCACACUUAGGGAUGAACUGGAGAAUCAGAAAAUCCAGCUGAGCGGAGACCUGGAGAGAGUGACAGUGGAGAGAGAGGAGAACAAGAGGAGGCUGCAGACCGUGGAGACAGAAAUAACGGAGAGAGAACAGAUGUUUGAGAAGCCAGAGGAACUGCUGAGAGAGAAGGAACAACUUUUACGCUCUCAGUGGAACUUUGACAAGGAGAAAGAAAUGUGUGAGAGGGAGAUGCUUAAGAGAGAGAAACUGCUGGAGCCAAUAGAAAACCAGCUUCGUAAUUCUAGGAAAAAGAAAAAUAACCAAGAGGAAUAAUGUUGGUACUUAAAUCAGUUAACACAAUGACAAAAAUGUUCCUUUUUUUGGAUAAGGCAUAUUUAAGGCCCUAUUUUUACAGUGUAAAGCGUACUGAUAAGGUGUGUAAAGGUGUGUUUUCUUUAUUCAGUAUCAGAGAAUUCCCCAAGCCAGUCUCUUGCUCUGAAUGCACAUUAAGGUAGCACAGACUGGAAAGGUUUGUGUUGGAAAGACAAUUUAUCUUAGGAAACCAUCGGGAAGUGUUUUAGUAUCAGCCAUGAUAAAGGCUGUUAAAAUUCCUUAACUUAUAAGGAAAGGAGCUUCAUUGCUUCCUUUAUUCUCUCCUUUAGCCGAGGAAACACUGGACAACCCUUUACCAAACGAGAGAUGAAAAGACGACCCACAAUUCUUUGCAUCAACUUCAUUAAAGUGAUGUGC